AUGUCUUCCUCAGAGGCUAAUAAUGGCCCGAGCCAAGCGCCACCUUACGCAGGUGUACCGCCCUCGGGGAUGCCUCCACCGUUUAUGGGACCACCGGGAAUGCCCACUCACUUCCCUCCAAUGGGGAUUCCUCCAAUGGGACAGGGGCCUCCUAGUAUGACCCCUAUGCCUCCAGGAAUCAUCCCUCCUGGUAUCAUGCCCCCUAUGGGAGCCCCACCCAUGGGGCAGAUGCCAGGCAUGAUGCCACCUAUGAUGCCAGGAAUGAUGAUGCAGCGGAUGCCCGCUGCGACAGUGCAAGCUGCAGGACCGCCGGGAGUUGAAGGUGCAGCUGCUGCACCUGGAACAGUGAGUGCAACAAACGGUUCUCCGCCUGAAGAAUCUGCAAAGAAGAAGUCUGUGUGGACAGAGCACAAGUCGCUGGAUGGAAAGACGUACUAUUAUAAUACAGAGACCAAGGAGUCCAUUUGGGAGAAGCCAGAUGAGCUCAAGUCACCUGCUGAGAGUAUGCUCUCCAAAUGUCCAUGGAAAGAGUACAAGUCGGACACAGGGAAGCCGUAUUACUACAACUCUCAAACGAAAGAAUCCCGAUGGACCAAGCCUAAAGAUCUGGAGGAUCUUGAAGCUAUGAUCAAAGCAGAGGAGAACGGGACGUCAGAGGUAGGUCCCAGCAUCAGUGUGGCUCCGGUGAUGCAGUCUGUCCCAGUCGCACCCAUGGUGACGGGGGCUGAGAUGGAGAGCGCCGUUCAGGUCUCAGUGGAGCCGCAGUCCCUCAGCGUCACACCUCACACAGACGCAGCUGUAGCAGAGAUCACCACCGCAGCUGAGGCCAACCCCAGUGCUGAGCCACCAAAAGAGGAACGACCUGAGCUCCAGAAGAAAACCUACAAAUGGAACACAAAGGAAGAGGCCAAGCAGGCUUUCAAAGAACUGCUUAAAGAGAAAGGGGUUUCCUCUAACUCCUCCUGGGAACAGGCCAUGAAACUCAUCAUCAACGACCCACGCUACAGCGCUCUUCCUAAACUGAGCGAGAAGAAGCAGGCCUUUAAUGCCUACAAAGUCCAGACGGAGAAGGAGGAGAAGGAAGAGGCCAGGAUCAAAUAUAAGGAAUCCAAAGAGACAUUUCAGAGAUUCCUGGAGAAUCAUGAGAAGAUGACUUCCAACACCAGAUACAAGAAAGCGGAGCAGAUGUUCGCUGAGCAGGAGGUGUGGAGCUGUGUGCCCGAGAGAGACCGACUGGAGAUCUACGAGGACGUGCUCUUUUAUCUCGCCAAGAAAGAAAAGGAACAAGCAAAGCAGCUGCGCAAGAGGAACUGGGAGGCUCUGAAGAACAUCCUGGACAACAUGGCUAACGUGACGUACCGCACCACAUGGUCCGAGGCCCAGCAGUACCUCCUGGACAACCCCACCUUCGCUGAGGACGAGGAGCUGCAGAAUAUGGACAAGGAGGACGCCCUGAUCUGUUUUGAGGAGCACAUCAGAGCUCUGGAGAAAGAGGAGGAGGAGGAGAAGCAGAAGACGCUGCUCAGAGAGAGGAGGCGGCAGCGCAAGAACAGGGAGUGUUUUCAGAAAUUCCUGGACGAGCUCCACGAUCACGGGCAGCUUCACUCCAUGUCUGCCUGGAUGGAAAUGUACCCGACCCUGAGUUCAGACAUCCGCUUCGCCAAUAUGCUGGGCCAGCCGGGCUCCACUCCUCUGGACCUGUUCAAGUUCUACGUGGAGGAUCUGAAGGCGCGCUACCACGACGAGAAGAGGAUUAUCAAAGACAUCCUCAAGGACAAAAAUUUCCUGGUCGAAGUCAACACGAGUUUCGACGACUUUGGCUCCGUCAUCAGCUCGGACAAAAGGGCCACAACGCUGGACGCAGGCAACAUCAAACUGGCCUUCAACAGCUUACUGGAGAAGGCCGAGGCCAGAGAGAGGGAGCGAGAGAAGGAGGAGGCGCGGAAGAUGAAGAGGAAAGAGGCUGCGUUCAAGACCAUGCUGAAACAGUCCACACCUUCUCUGGAGCCCGAGGCCACGUGGGAGGGGGUCAGGGAGCGGUUCCUGAAGGAGUCCGCCUUUGAGGACAUCACCCUGGAGUCCGAGAGGAAGCGAAUAUUCAAAGACUUCAUGCACGUGCUGGAGCACGAGUGUCAGCACCACCACUCCAAGGCCAAGAAGCACUCGAAGAAGUCCAAGAAGCACCACCGCAAACGCUCUCGCUCCCGAUCGGGCUCUGAGUCGGAGGACGACGAGUAUCACAAGAAGAAAAAGCGCUCUCAGUCAAAGUCGCCGUCGGAGCGCUCGUCCAGUGGAGAGUCUGAGAGGAGCUAUAAGAAGUCCAAGAAACACAAGAAGAAGGCCAAGAAGAGACGUCACAAGUCUGCUUCUCCAGAGUCUGACGGCGAGAAGAAGAGGGAGCGAGACGUGAAGAGGGAAAAAGACGACAAAGAUAAAGAAAACGACAAAUCCAGAAGCAAAACUCGCUCCGAUUCAAAACAGAAGAGUCCUAAAAAGAAAUCUGUCAAAGAAGAGGGCGACUGGGACACGUCCGGCAGCGAGCUGAGUGAAGGCGAGCUGGAGAAACGCAGGAGGACUUUACUGGAACAACUGGACGCACCUUGA